GUCCCGUGGCAGAUCAACAGGAAGCGUGAGCAGCGCAGCGUCAACAGUAGCAGCUGCUGCUGCUGCGCUGGUGACGGUGGUGACGGUGGUGGUGGUGGCCAAGAGGAGGAGCUACAAGGGGGGGGUUGCGACAGCUGAAGCUUUGACGGCGCCCACCAACCGACGAUCAGCAAGAUGGGCGGGCGACGUGGCUCGGACACGGAGCGCCGGCGCAUCGUGGGUCCCGGCUCGAGCGAGAGCAACCUCGGCGGCGACGGCGCCGAGCCCGCCGGCACCGGCCCCCCCACGCCGACCUUCAUCUUCGUGCUGUGCGCCUUCUCGGCCAUCGGCGGCUUCCUGUUCGGCUACGACACGGGCGUGGUGUCGGGUGCCAUGCUGCUGCUGAAGCGCCGCUAUGCGCUGAACGCCGCGUGGCAGGCGGCCCUCGUGUCGGCGGCCGUGGGCGCCGCGGCGCUGCUGGCGCUGCUCGGGGGCUGGGCGGCGGACUGCGCGGGCCGCCGCCCCGUCGUGCUGGCCGCGUCGACGCUCUUCGCGGUGGGGUCGCUGGCGCUCGGGCUCGCGCAGGGCCCCGUGGUGCUGCUGGUGGGGCGCGUGAUCGUCGGAUGUGGCAUCGGCCUGGCCUCCAUGGCGGUGCCCAUGUACAUCGCCGAGGCUUCCCCCCCACACCUGCGGGGCCGCCUCGUCACCAUCAACGCGCUGUUCAUCACCGGCGGGCAGUUCUGCGCCAGCGUGAUCGACGGCGCCUUCAGCUACCUACCGCGCGACGGAUGGAGGUACAUGCUGGGCUUGGCGGGCGUGCCGGCCGUCGUCCAGUUUGUGGGAUUCCUCUUCCUGCCCGAGUCGCCCCGCUGGCUGGCGCGCAGCGGCCACACGCAGCACGCGCGCCGCGUCCUCUGCCGCAUGCGCGGCACGCAGAACAUCGACGAGGAGUUCGACCGCAUCCAGGCGAGCAUCACCGCUGAGGAGGAGGACGAUGGCAGCAGGGAGGGAGACGCGACGUCGCACCAGCCCCACUCGCGAAAAGGCUGGGUGCUGUGGAAGAUGAUAAAGCACCCUCCUACGCGACGAGCACUCGUCGUUGGCUGCGGUUUGCAGAUGUUCCAGCAGCUAGCCGGCAUCAACACAGUGAUGUACUACAGCGCCACCAUCCUGCAGAUGGCCGGCGUGGCGGACGAUUCCACCGCCAUCUGGCUGGCGUCCGCCACAGCCUUCACCAACUUCGUCUUCUCGGGGCUGGGCGUGUGGCUGGUGGAGCGCGUGGGUCGCAGGCAGCUCAGCCUCAUCAGCAUGGCAGGCACCACGCUGAGCCUCGCCCUCCUGGGCUGCGCCUUCCUCCUUGCGUCCCAGACGUCGCCCCCCGUGAUUCUGCACCCCCACGACCCAGCAGUCACCAACUCUUCAUGCAUGGCGUACAGUGUGUGUGAGACGUGCAUGCUGGACCCCCGCUGUGGCUUCUGCUUCGGGAUGAACGGAUCGCACGUGGACAACUCCUCCUGCCUCCCCGCCGACCCCGACAACACGGACCAGGCCACCUGGGGCAGGUGCAGCAGCACGAACGCAACGCAGCGGGCGGGCCUCUCGUGGGCCUACAACUACUGCCCCACGCCCUACUCGUGGCUCGCGCUGCUCGGACUCAUCCUCUACCUCAUGUGCUUUGCCCCCGGCAUGGGCUCCACGCCGUGGACCGUCAACUCGGAGAUCUACCCGCUGUGGGCGCGCAGCACGGGCAACUCCAUGUCGGCCACCGUCAACUGGGUGUGCAACCUGGCGGUGUCGCUCACCUUCCUGCAGCUGGCGCAGAGCCUCACGUACUACGGCGUCUUCUUCAUGUACACGGGCCUGGGUCUGCUGGGCGUGCUGUUCAUCGCGACGUGCGUGCCGGAGACGCGCGGGCGCACCCUGGAGGAGAUGGAGGCGCUGUUCGCGGGCGCGGGGUCGUGCGUCUGGUGGCCCGGCCGCUCUGGCGCCGGCUCCGCCCCGCAGCAGGUGGAGUACAUCCGCGUGACGGGCGCCAACGGGCAGCUUUCCGACACCUCCGACGCCGAGUGACGGAGGAGGCGGUGGUGGCGGCACUCGCCGCGUGUCUGCGCCGACUUCCGGUCGCCUCUUGGCCGCCUCCCUCUCUUUUCAGCCUGCUUCGCCAUGCCCCCCCAACCUGCCCACGGACUGACCCACGGUGGCGAGAUGUUCAAUACCUCGCCUUGUAUACAGGAGGUCGUGGGUUCGAUCCCGACCCUGACGCCUGCUGUAUAUAUGGAGUUUGCGUGUUCUCCCUGUGGUCGCGUGGAUUGUUCUCCGGGUUUUCCCUCCGCAUUUAGAAUCAGAACCUUUAAGAGUAUUUGGCCGCUAUAAAUUUCCACGUGAUAAGCCACUUCGUUGAGCUAUAAUUUGUGGCCAGGUCACUUCUGAAAAAGAGCUGUAUAGCUCAGUGGGCCUUACCUGGUAAAACUAAAAUUAUUUGGAGUUCAAAUGGACCCUGUCCGUCCACGUCUGUGCGCCUGCAUCUCCUGCCCGUGUCUGUCCGAUGUCGAGCGACGGAGGCAGUGUUGUUCCGUGCGUCUCGGCGGAGCGGCCUAGACGACCGUCCAUCUCUUGGCUGCUUUCAGUUGACCUGCCUCACCGCCCGUGGCCUCACUGCGUCUCCCGUCAACAUCGACAUCUGUGCCUCCUGUCCAUGUCUGUUUCUGUGCACGUGCGUCUCUCUGUCCCUCUCUUUGUCUUCUAUGAUUCCCUGUCUGUCCUUUUGUAUGUCUAUGUCUGUCUAUGUCGCUCUGCCUAUUGUCCAUCUCCGUGUCUGUUUCCCCGUAAGAGUAUCAGUUGCUGUUUUGUGUCUCUGCGUGCGUGUGUGUCUCUAGCUGUGUCUUUCUGUCUGUGCCUGUCCCCAUCUCUUUCUGAUUCCUUUCUCAUUUCCAGACCCUCACCUCUUCUUCUAUUCUCCCUGGUGUCCAAAGCCUUAACUUCCUUCUGCCACCCGUAUUCAGCAGCAGCAGUAGAAGGACCGUUAGUAGUUGAAACAAGAACUUGAGCUGUUUUGUCUUAACUAUCAUCAGUAGAAGCAUGAUUUUUAGCAUCAUCAGCACGAUCAGCAUCAUCAACAUUGGCAUCAACAGCGGGGGCAGCAGCAAGAAUAUCAUCAUCAGGAUCUUCGUAAUCAUCAAUCGUCAUCUUUAGAAGCACUGGUGUCAUCAUCGGUGACAUCGCCGGCAUCAUCGGCAACAGCAGUAGGAGCAACAACAACAACAUUCUCAUCUGCGGUAUCCUCAUCAGAAUAUUUGGUGUCAUCAUCAUCACCAGCAGCAGCAGCAGUAUCAGUGAUGUCCCUAGCAGCAGCAGUGGCAAUAUCAUAAUCUCCUUUAGUAACAAUAGCAACUGCAUAAUCAUUAGCAACGGCAGCAGCAUGACCCCCACAGACCACACAUGCAUCAACCCACCCCUCCCUCUGUCUGCCGUGUCCAGUCUCGCCAUGCGUAAUGAACGUUCGGAUGAACUGUACAAGUCGCUUACUUGCACUGGUGGCCCCCUGCCCCCCCCCCAGUAUUUGAUCAUCAGCUGCACUUGUACAAUGUUUCUGGAGGCAGAAGUUGCCGCCCCCUCCCCACUCACAAUAACAUCCGAGUCGAAGAAAAGCAAAUAUGCUGACGGCACUGCGAGGGGGUGAACGCACCAAGGAAAUUUCUGUCAUAACUUUAUUUCAGUGUUACGGCAGAUGUGGAAAUAGGACGGGCACUUGGAAGGACGUUGUAGAUGCUAUGGGCUGUGGUUGAUAACCUUACCCUGAUUUGCAACAAAAAAAAUCGGUGUUCCCGUUUCAAGCUUGGCUCAUGAUGCAGGCAAUGGGGGGUAGGGCUUUAACAUGUCGACUUUCGCGAUCAAUGUCCAUAAGAGAGGUUUUUUUGGGUUUGAUCGCGUAAAUAUGAAAGUGUCGUUAAACCUGCCACAACCCGACACAGCCAAUUAGCAAGGUUUGUCACGUAAACAAAACAUGGCAAUUCGUUACGACGUUUUCAAUUCGAGUACGACGUUUCGCCAGUAAUUACAACAUUUACAUCAUCAGGCAAAAUCCUGAUGAUGGAAAUGUUGUGGGUUUACUCUCCAACACACUGUACUAGUAACGAAUUGUAUGUUUUGUCUACGUGACAACCCUUUCUAAUCGGCUGUGUUGGGUGGUGGCGGGUUUAACGACAAAUAUUUACUAUCUCACCCAAAAAAUCCAUUAAGAAUAAUGGGAGGGCUUCGUGAGUAGUGGGUGGGUUUAGUAAAGGGGUGGGCGGGGCCAGUGAGGAGUGGGCGGGCAGAGGGAGGGGCCUCCAGCUCCCCAUGUUGUCCAGUUGACCCUUUCCAUAAAUAUUUUACCUUAACUGAGGAACAUCUAUUUGCCUAAUGUCACGACUCCAAUAAUAUAAUAGCACAACUUUGAUUGAACUGUCGAUACCGUACGCGAGCGAACAAUGCGAGGGCGAGAAACGGGCGGAAAUUAGCAUUGAACCCAAGAAUGUACAAAUACGUGGCACAAUGUAUACAACACGAGUACUGUUAACAGAUCGAUAUGCUCACAGUGUUGGAACGGUGUUUACAUUCAUGUGAGAUGAUCUAUAUAGCCUUGAAUUGGUGUGUGAUAGGUAAAUGAUGUGCUGUGUAGUAUAUAUACAGAUGCUGCUGUGAUUAUAUUGAUGUUCUUAGAAUCUUUGUACAUUAUUACCAGAGCCUUGUACACAUCAUGCGUGGAUGAAAAAAAAGAGUUGGGCUUUACGUAGUAGCGUUUCCACGUUGUACAUGUGCGAUCAUGUUUAACAGAAAAUAACUUUGUUCACAAAUAAGAAAGUACACACUCUAAAACACACAAACUGUUUUUGUUGUGCGCUCAAAUGGGUCCCAUAGUUUAUGUGCAGUGCUCUUGCCAAUAACGCCUGGUAAUCUGGCAGGAUUUGUUUGACAAGCCUGACUGGCGAUGGGACCCAGAAAGUUGACGCUGGUCCUCACAGUGUGCAUCCUGAAACAGAAGCCGGUGGCUAAUAUCGCUCUGGGAAGUUGAGAGGCUGAGGGACUGCAACAUUUCCAGUUCUGUGUAGAGGCAAUUCUAACAAUCAUACCGUUAUUUAAAAAUCCAUAUUUGAGAUGGCCUGGUGGUGACCCCUGGUUUCAGCCGCCCUUGACGAAACGGGACUUCUCAGGCCUAGCGAGCUGAUGGUCUCAGCCCAGCCACCAAUAACUGCACACACACCCACACACAAAAAAAAACCCUGCGAUGUUACAUUUAGUUUUAAUUCCACCCAGCCCAGCUCAGAUUUUCAAUAUCCUCGGUUGAUUGCCACCCCGCCGAACCACUCUGCAGAGAUCGUGAGGGAGUGUGCCCCCCCCUCGAGUGUUUGGGCGAGAGGCCUAUUCUUGUGGGCACCACUAGAAUAGUAGCGCCGUGAUCUCCACUUCUGGUCCCCUCUUCUGGGGCUGCCUGGUGGGGUGACAUGAUUGAUGCCGUCUGGCUGGCACUGGCCAGGCGUCUUGAGAAAGAGGUGGGGAGUCUCCCCCACGCUUUACCCCCCACCAGACGUGACACUUGCCCACCGACUUGCUGUGGUUGCACCCAUUCCUACUGCUGGGUGGACAGAGGUGCGGGAUGAGGAGGGCGGCGGAUUUGAGAAACGCUCCCGGGAUAUUGAACCAGGCGACCUCUGCGUCGCAAGUCCCAGUGUGCUAACCGUUGCACAAUGGCAGCAGCAGCAGCAUCCUCUAUUAGUAACAAUCAUCAAACACAGGGGUGGGAGGCGCAGCAAGAGGAAGAUUAUUUCCUGAUGUGACAUUGCGUGUAUGUGUGUGUGUGUACGUGCAACGUGCGUGUGUACCAAAAGCAAGGUGACGUCGGCUGGCCCCACGAUGUUUCCUGAUCAAUGUUCACGGACCGGCGAUGUAUCGCACGGGGCCACGAUGGUAUGUGCACUCACAAUGUCGUACCGGUGGUGGUGGUGGUGCUGGUGGUGGUGGCGGCGACGGCAAGUCUAUUGCAUGAGCUCGUUCAUUCGGUCGUUCGAUGAUUUAAAGUAUAAAUUUGUGUCUGAUUUCACAACGUGGAUCAGGUAUCUGAAAAAAUCGGGGUCGAUCGCAGGGUUUCUCCAACUCAAAUCCUCGCAACCCACCCCCAUGUCUUUCCGCGUUCACCAAGUUGCUCAUCCCACUCAAGCGAACUUGUGCCCACUCUGCAAGCGCCCAAUGAUUGUUAAACACGACCCACGUGACGCGCUAAGCAGUUACAUUGAGAUAUGUGUGUGCGGCGUACACGUGUUGCACGUGUGCGUGUACACGUGUUGCACGUGUGCGUGUACACGUGUUGCACGUGUGCGUGUACACGUGUUACACGUGUGCGCGUACACGGGUUCCACGUGUGCGCGUACACGUGUUACACGUGUGUGAGUACACGGGUUCCGUGCUUGCGGUGUGCACGUGUCUGCGUCACGUGUUACAGCUUCAUAUCUUAGCGCGUCACCUGGGACAUGCUUUAACAAUCAUCAGGUGCGUGCGGCGUAGAACGAGUUCAUUUGGAUGGGAGCAGUAAAUUUAUGAACGGGGAAAGACGGAGCGUAGUGAGGAGUCGCGAGGACUGGAGUUUGUGAAACUCUGUGUUCCUGUGAAAAGUUCUUCUGGAAAGAAAGUUGAUCAAUUUGAAUGCACAGUUCCUAAAACCGGUGUGGUUCGUAUGAUUGCCACGUGGUUUGACACCAUGUACGCCAAAACAUUGCCCAUCGCGGGGGUGGGGGGGGUUACAUUAUUCGAAAUAGUCGCAAUUGGCAAACCCACGAUCCGCACACUUUAAAGGCCAAUUGAAAAAAUAUGGUUUGGUGCACGGUUCGUGAUACAACACCCGCUCCUUUCCGAUUAUAAACAUGAAACGAGUGCCAAAUAUAAUUUGUACAGUAAAAUGUACAGAAUUAUACUAAUUAAUGUAGUGUACAGCAGUGUACUGUACACACGAAAAAAAUACCUCAAAAUAAAGAUAAGAGUUAAUGACAUGUGCAGUAAAUAUGCAGUACAAAAAAGUACGACGUACUUUUGCUUGCUAUUGCUGAUGAUGAUGAUGAUGGCAUGUGUAUUCUUCUACGGCAGCAUCAUUGCGAGCAGUUAUAAAGUACAGUACUUCUUUACGAUGCAUAACGCACCCUCGAUAGGUCAAAUCCGCGAAGGGAAAUCACGCGAUGAGCAAAGUUUUAGUGUAUUGUUACCAGUUGCUUUACCAUACUUCGAUGCCAGGUCAGUACCCCACCCCCCUCCUCCCUAAGCCCCCCAUGUUGCCAAACCCUGACUGACCAGCAUGGUGAAGUAUGGUCAAAUAACUCCCCAAGACCCACAUAGCAUGGGGAUGCCCCUCCAGCAUUGCGUUGACGAACGGCUGCACAUGUACACGUCCACAUGUGCACAUGUACACGUCCACAUGUGCACAUGUACACGUGCACAUGUGCAGUUCAAGUGGUGGUUCAUUGUGCUCACACGGGCAUCGGUGAUAUGGCCUGUCUCCCCACACCAGCCAGCCCCACCUCCCAUACAGAUUAAUUGGCGUGCAUCUAAAUUUGCUGCGGUCGCUGGGUUCAUGAAUAAAAGCAUUUGUGUAUCUGUGGUGGAAUUGUACGCAACAGCCUGGCACUAACCACUGCUUGCAAAAUCGUAAUUGACAAAAAGCCCAUUUGAAACGGUCACUCGACACCAGCGUCGUCGGCGACUGCCGCCAUCGUCCGAUUUCCUCCUUUCUAUCACGCAGUGCGCACAUUCAGUAAUCCAGCAAUUGCGAAAAAGAUUGCAAAUUACGAACAAGCGAGGCAACCCAGUCCAUAGAGAGAGCCUCCGUUUUAUUUUUCGGUGAACCAUUUUCGCAGAUACUUACAAUGAUUCUACAUGAGGACAGCAUUGUUAUGCAGUGUACAUUUUUUAUGCAUGUGUGAAAAUGUGCGCUGGAUUUGCCGUUUAUAAAUGCAUCGGUAUAAUGUUGCGCGUUGUGGGUUAAUGCAUUGUAUUUUUCUUUUUUAAAAGAACAUGGGAUCUGCGGCUUCCACGGAUGUUUUAUUGAUGGACGAGCCGAGUUGGCUGCCAGGGUCGGGAUGGAAUAAGUGCCAGCUCCUGUGCUCGUAUGAUGUGGUGUGAUGUGGUGUCAUGUCUGUCGGCUUCUGCCAAUUGACCUCAUGAACCUAGGUUUGAUUCCUGGAUGUGGCACCUACAAUAAAAGUCUUCACACUCCGGCUCUAAAGCACCGGUGGAAAUUCACCAUUCCUAUGCCAGGAGCGAGUAUUUCCUUGGAACAACCAUUGUUGAUUCCCCACAGUGGUAUUGUUUUUCAAAUCCCUGUGAAGAUGAUGAGCUGAGGCUACCCACGACCUGUGUAACCUUCUGACCCGCCCAUAUUGAACAUCUGAAAAAUAGCUUUCUCGCUCAUCGGAUGCCUCCAGUAUAUUCUGAUUCGUCUGAACUCUGAACCUUGCCUAUUUUAACUGGUGACGGUAAUGCCCGUCACCACUUAAAAUAGCUAAAAUAGCCAGGUGCUUGGACCUCCCCUAGAUUGGCUCAGCCAAAAAUUAUCUAUUGCGUUCCCUGCGUGUGCGGCGAGAGCGCUAUGGUCAUGAAGAUCAGCGCUGUCGAGACGAAGGUGGUCGGGCGUGCGUGGUGCCGACCGCUUGUGUCCGCGCAGCGCUGUGUCCGCGCCAGCCUUAAUAAGUGCUCCGCUAAUGGCACUGGCCCCGACUGUCCACGGUUAUCGUCGAUCUUUGUGUGUGCUUACUACGUAAGAGUGGCGGCGCAGUGAUUAGCAAGCACUCUGUGCUACAAUUCCAGCAAACCGGGAUUGAUUCCUGGCCAUUGAUUCCUGUAUCUAUAUUGCCAGUGACAAUUGCUGUUAUCUGAAUCUGGCCAGUGCCUCCCUUGUUGUGGUAAAACAGUGAUAUCCUUUAUUUAAGCACGAGAUGAAAUAUUGGCCCCUUAAAAUAAAUGAUACUUUUUCUCUUUCUUUCAACGGCAGCCUGGGCAUAACGGCGUAGGCUUGAAUAGCAAACACUGGGGAGACAAAGGCGGCCAGGCAUCUAUGGUGCAGGCCUCUGUCACCUGCCAGCCUUAAUAGGUUCUUGGCAACUGCUCCUGUUGUGAGCUACGGGGGGGGGGGGGAGUGUAAUGAACAGUUAGUUAAUGCAGAGUGCUUGGUCCGUCUGUCUCGUAAUCUUUUUUUAAUAACCUUUGCACUUUUUUUAUCGUGACUUUCUCAUUAACAACUGUGCCAAAAAACAUUGUCCACAGCCAUCGAUGGGUAAUACUUAACUGUUUAUAAAUGUAUAUUGUUUAAGGUACACGUCCAAUCGCAGUGUAUAUGUGUGCGUGGGUACGCGUGGUGUUUUGGUGACGGGCCAGGGUUCACAAACUUCUCUCUGAUCACAUUGAUCCCGAUUACAAUCCAGGCCAUGCACUUCCGGCAAUUGGAAUGCUAACGUGGCAUCGGCCUCCCCCUAGGUUCACUCGGCCUGAUACAAGCAUCUGGCACAAUGUGACGUAUACAUUGCAUUGGGGAGGCAAAGGCGGCUGUGUGUGUGCGUGGUACUGAUUCCACCAAACGUGUCAUACGCAGUGCCGGCAUGAAUAGGCGCUCGCUAACAGCACUCGUUAUAAGUCCCUUUGGCUAAUUAGACCUCUAUGUAUGUGUGCUUUAAAAAUAUAUUAAGCACAUAAAUUAGUCUGAGACAUACGAUGACGGGCGGUGAAAACGUUUUGGGAGCAAACGUAUUAGGCUUGUUUUGAAGCCCAGUCUUAAAUAUGAAUCGUGUAAGUGAUUAAGUGUAUUGAUGUUUGCUGUGGCUAUAUUGGAAAAUACACUUAACGACUAUGUAUAUGGUACUUUUAAUAUGCGGUCGCAGGCCCAUGUUUCAAAUAUAUAUGUGUAGAGGUCUCCAGAUCGGAGUGGCAAUUUUCUUCAGUGAAAGAUGAAUGUGCUCGUAAACUAACGUACGGAUUUCUCUUAAGAUGCCAUCAAGCGUUUUACUGUAAUAUAAUUUGUACUUUUUUUAACGUAGACUUUCAGUUGACUUUUAAUUUCAGUUUGGUGUCCGUGGACGGCCAACUCGAGUUGACCCAAGUGCGCCCGAGUUGGUCCGAUUUCUCCCAGAAGCUUGAGUUGAUGGGCAAUGCAAGUUGGGUCCAGCAACACGUGUGGCGUCUGUGAUUGGCUGAGUCCACCACUGGAGCUAGCCACGUGACGUUGGGCGGCGGGCCACGACUCCCGGGUACAACAUUGCAAUGUCCCCGUGCCCGCCUACGCUUUUGAUUUCUAACAUGUUCGGUGAUGUAUUUCGAUGUUGGGGAAUGCAGGCCGGAUCGUAAAGCGAAAUUGGCAAAAUAAUUCAUUCAUUAUUGCAUUUUUUUUUGGGGGGGGGGGGGUAGGCCACGUAAUAAUCUGGCCGAGUGUGUCAUAAGACCCUCCACCACCUGACGUAGCCAAACAUUAAAUUGUCACGUGGUGCAAGCGUUUUAACGCACCACUUAAUUGUUUCAGCUCUUUAUUAACCUGAAUAACAAUUCUCACAACCAAAUUUGGCAAUUAAAUACAAAAUAUUUGUAAUUUUUCUUAUUUGUAAUUUAACGAAGCACUGUUUGGUGACCACUUGCAUCCUCGUUCCCCACGUAACCACCGCCGUUGUGAUUGAUUUGUCCCGCGUACUCCCUGGAGAUGGAGCAUGUACCUCUUGGGGUUCACGUACUGCAGGUUGGGAACCACGCUGCCUUAGGACAGAGGUUUGUCUGAACCAAGCAACAUUGAACAUAAAACAAAACGGGAGAUAUGUUGGGGGUUAUUUGGUUGCGUUGGUGAAACAACUUUCAGUUUGCACACUUUUGCGAUUGGGCACGCACGCUUGACAACUUGGGAUGGGAGAGCCAAAGUCAAAUUAACGUUUAACAAAACAUUUGCACAAAUUGAAUCGUCUCAGAGGUGAUGGAAUGCCCGUCAUGGACGUGUUCUCUAAAAGACCUGGGUUGGAAUCAUCUGGCAUCUGUCUGCCAAAGAGUCAAUCCGAAUGGCCUUGUUUACAUGAGUGAAGAUGUUUCGCUGUCCCGGGUACGGGUGCUUUGUUUUCUUAUUUGAAAUAUUACUCAUCCCAAAAAAUGGUAAUCAAUGUGUUCAUGAUGUCUUAAUGUACUAAUUACCGAGGUGUCGAAACUAUACCGUCAUGUAUGAUGUAUGCUGUGAUUUGGGACAAAUGUGAUGUGCAAAUAAAUGACCAAUAUCUUA